UGAUAACACACCGAGAAGAAGCCUAAAGUUCAAAAUCACCUCAAAAGGAAUAAGGCGUGAAUCAGAAGACAACUCGUGGAAACAUCAUGAUCGUGAAUAAUGAAAGCAGAGAUCGAGUUACUUCUAAUGGAAAAUCUAUUCCAGUCAAACUUUCCACAUCAAGCAACUCCAACAAAUGCAAGCCUGGAGUGAUUUUUGAGUGUCCAAGGGAGAAAAAACAGAGUUGGAUCGAAUUUUCAAGCAUUAUUGUAGGAGCAUUUUGAGAUCCUUGAUGGAACACCCUCGCAGAUUUGCUUUCAAUCGUCCUGUUAAUCCUGUGAAGCUGAAAAUUCCUGAUUAUUUUUCAAUAAUUACUGUACCAAUGGAUCUGGGAAAGAUAAAGCAUAAACUGGAGGACAAUAAAAACUCUUGAGGCUGAGGAAUUUGCUAGUGAUGUGAGGAUGACUUUUUCGAAUGCUAUGUUAUACGAUCCUCCUGGGAACUAUGUUUAUAACUUUGCGAAAGAAUUGAAUGAUGUUUUUAAUAGGAGAUGGAAAUUACUGGAGAUGAAAUUGAAGUGCACAGGCGGAAAUAUCCAACAGUUACACAAUUUAGAUGAAAUAGAAAAGAUUGGCCAAGAUAAAAGGCCUGAAAUAGAAAAGAAAGGCCAAAAUGCCCCAGAGUCUUGCCUUAAUAGAGCUUCAGAGAACAUAUGUCUUGUCAAAGGGAGGCCAAUUUCGUUGGAGGAAAAACGAGAUUUGAGGAAAGAGCUUGUGAAAUUAUCGAGUUUUUCUUCGGAAAGAUUACCUGAUUGUGAUCACCGCGUUGAUCCUAAACCUGAUUGUGGGCUUAAAUAUCCCUUGACAUCUCGUACAAGAGGAUUGAAGCUGGAAUCAGAUGGGCAUGAGAGAGUUUCGAAGGAAGACAGUUAUCAGCAAAGUGUCUCUUCCCUGCCCACAACUGCUGUCGUUGAUAAAGGAACUACUGUACCUGGUAAUACGUCGCCAAACAAGGUUUUGCGCGCUGCAAUGCUAAAAAGCCGCUUUGCACAUACUAUCUUCAGAGCUAAACAUCACUCGCUUCUGGAUCAUGAUGAGAAGAUUAAUCCUGUGAAUAGGCAGAGAUAACGGGAAAGACUUGAAAGGCAGUGGCUUGCAGAGAAGGCUAGGAGUGCAGCAGGACUAAGAGCUGUUGAAGCAACCUUAAGAACGAAGGCAGAGGCAGAGUCGAAGAUGCAGCAUGAGAGAGAGAGAAAAGCUGCCAAAAUUGCAGUAGAAAAGAUGACAAAAACUGUUGACAUUGAUGAGAAUCGAGAGAUUAUGGAGGAACUUGAAGCAAUAAUGGGAGCCAUCAGCAGUGGUAACUUGAGAAACCCUCUGGAGCAGCUCGGGCAACACAUAAAGGAUGAUUACAUAGAAGAUGAUGAAGAGGCAGUUCUGCAAGGAGACGAGGGGGAAAUCCUUUCAUAGCCCUACCUGCCCCUAUAUGGUUUUCCUUCAUAUCUUGAAUAGAUUGGGAGUGAAGGUGUUAAUUAUAAAUUAGUAUUCUUUUUGUGGGCUAUUAGGGAACGAAAGGCUGAGAUCUGUAAUUAGUCGAACAAACAUUUAAAAUACAACCUGUGAAUAAUUUUACAUAGAUGCAGUCAAACAAACAUUGAAAGGACAACUUGUGCAUAAUCUUGGAUUGAUUUAGUUAUCUGGUAGUAGUUAGAAUUUGUGAUGUAAAUCUGUAUACCCAGCAUGAUGCUGCUAUUGGAUUGAAAUUGGAUCAAUAUCAUAAAAUCUCAGAAUGCAGAUUGAUAUU